UCAGGAGCGCCACAGCACGAGAAAAAAAGAGAGAGGCAGUCUGAGGGAGUUCUUGUCAGUAGCGCUCGCUCGCUUCCUCGCGCCGCCGGGGAAUCGAGAAAACGCCAGAGAAAAAGAGGCAGGACUCUGCCUCGUUCCUUCAGAGCGCGAGCGAGGGGCUUUUCUGGGCCUCUCUCUCUAGGCGUUCAGUUCUCUCUAGGCGUCUCUCCGGCGCAGAAGCCCAAGCCGAGACGGUGGCCGCCUCGCGCGCCUUUCUCGGCGCGUUUAUGAGGAGAAGCAGCCGCGGGGAUAAGCUAUAAAGUUUUUGGUGCGCGCGCAGGCGCGCCACCGAGAGCGAAGGAGUGAGCCAGCCGGCGCUGAGGCGAACUUGGCCGAGCGCUUUUUUAAAAGGGGGGGAGUGUGUGUGUGUGAGAGAGAAGAGGCCAAGUCAACCGACAGAGAGAGGGGAGCCUCCAUUCUCUUUCUCCCUCAGCGGCGGGGCGCUAUAAAUUGAGGCGGCGGUGGCGAGGCCCAGUUCAGGGCAGCUUUUACCUCAGGAGGGCGAGCAGCUCCGGGAAGCGAGCGAGCGAGCGAGCAACCGACCUGACCGCCCGCUGUUCUCUCUCUCUCUCUUUCUCUUUUCUUCUUCUUCUCCUCCUCCCCCCUUCUCCUUCCUCCGGCAUGAUAUCAGCCAUCUCCAGCCCUUGGCUCACGCAGCUGUCCCAUUUUUGCGACGUCGCCGCUUUCACGGCCAACAGCCUGAGCAGCCUCAACGCGUCGGCGGCGGCGGCGGCCGGCUACCACCACCUCUCGCCGUCGCCGGGGGACCCGUACGGACAGCAUGAGGCGCCGCACUACGAGCCGUGCUCGGCGCAGCAGCAGCAGCAGCAACACCCGCCGCCGCAGCCGCCACCGGCGACAGCACCACCACGCCAGCCAGCAGCAGCAGCAACAGCAGCCGCAGCAGCUCGGCUACGCGGCGGAGGGGGAUCGGCGCCGGCCUCGGCCAAGGCUCCCGUCAAAAAGAACCCCAAAGUGGCCAACGUCAACGUGCAGCUGGAGAUGAAGGCGCUCUGGGACGAGUUCAAUCAGCUGGGUACCGAGAUGAUCGUCACCAAGGCCGGCAGGAGGAUGUUCCCCACCUUCCAGGUGAAGAUUUUUGGGAUGGACCCUAUGGCAGACUACAUGCUCUUGAUGGACUUCGUACCGGUGGAUGACAAGCGAUACCGAUAUGCAUUUCACAGUUCCUCCUGGCUGGUGGCUGGCAAGGCAGACCCUGCAACUCCAGGGAGAGUCCAUUAUCACCCAGAUUCCCCGGCUAGGGGAGCCCAGUGGAUGAAACAGAUUGUCUCCUUUGAUAAACUCAAGCUCACUAACAAUUUAUUGGAUGACAAUGGACAUAUCAUUUUGAACUCCAUGCACAGAUACCAGCCCCGCUUCCACGUGGUCUACGUGGAUCCUAGGAAAGACAGCGAGAAAUACGCGGAAGAGAACUAUAAGACCUUUGUCUUCGAGGAGACCCGCUUCACUGCAGUGACCGCCUACCAGAACCAUCGGAUAACCCAGCUAAAGAUUGCCAGCAACCCUUUUGCAAAAGGAUUCCGGGACUGUGAUCCAGAAGACUGGCCCAGGAAUCACCGGCCUGGAGCCCUUCCUCUCAUGAGUGCUUUUGCCAGGUCUAGAAAUCCAGUAUCUUCCCCUGUGCAUCAGAAUGGGACCGAGAAAGACGUGGCGGAGAGUCGUCGGGAAUACGAGAGGGACGCAGCCGGUGGGACGCCACUCCACGCAGAUCCUGCUCACCAGCAACUCAUGUCCCGAGUGUUGAGCCCAGCACUCCCUGUGCCCGGUGGAGGGGGUCUGGUCCCCCUCACCAGCCCAGCAGGAAGCCGGCCCAGCCCCCCACACCACGAACUGCGGCUGGAACCAUCCGCUUCGGAGCCCCUCCACCACCACCCCUACAAGCACCCGGUCUCUGCCUACGACCAUUACCUGGGGGCGAAGAGCAGGCCAGCCCCCUACCCUUUGCCCGGCAUCCGGGGACACAGUUACCACCACCACCACCACCACAUGAAUUCGGCAGCUGCCGCUGCAGCAGCUGCCGCUGCAGCCAACAUGUAUUCCACUGCGGGAGCUCCCACCAGCUAUGACUAUGGACCAAGAUAACCUUCGAGACGCAAGGUCCUCUAGCUAUAUGACUGGCUAUCUGCAUGGGUUUGAACGGCUCAGUAGCGUACGUUUUCAGAGAGCACUAUCUUGUCGAAAGAACUCGCCCCAUCCCCUUGUCUCACCUCCACGCAAAAACCCUGUUUCCAUGAGGGGGUCCUUUGUCUCUUGCACACGCUUUCUACUCCUUGCACCGUUGGAAUCGUCCUUCGUGACUUGGUUUCCUUCCUCGUCCCGGAGGAGGAAAUGAUCGGCCUGCUUGACUUGGCAUGUGUGAUGGAUGGAUGGAUGGAGGUUGGGACUUUACUCGGAGCAUUUUGCAUCGCCUGCCGCCCUGCUUGGAGGGCACCACCAUUCUUGUCUCCUCCCCCGUCCCCCAGUGAUUGGCAGCUGCACUUUCCUCCCCUCCUCCUUUUGCUUUAUAAAUGAAGCCAUAUGUUGUUCUGUUGCCCUCGCUGCCGUCAUCAUAAUAACCUUCUAGUGUUUAUGCAGUUAUUUAUCUGCUCAGACUGCUUGCCGAAUGCUACUUAACAGCACUGCCACGGUGUAGGUAGGUCAGGAGAUCGUGCCGACACGGCAUCAGAACAGCUCGAUUUUUUACUUUUGCCUAAAUUUUAGCUUGCCUACCUUACCAAUCUAAGGUAGGUGACAAGCUUUUUCUGUCAGCUGAUAUAGGUAGAUGCCGGCCUUCCCCAGCCUGGUGCGCUCUAAGUGAUUUGGACUACAACUCCCAUCAGCCUCAGCACGGAUGGGAGAAUUAGUCCAGGACAUCUGGAGGGGCAUUGGCUUGGGGAAGGCAGGUGCAAAUCCAUUAGUCAGUGUAACAGUGGGGAAGGGCCAUGGUUCAGUGCAGAGGGGCCCCAGGUUGCAUCUCAGAUCAGAGGGCAGAUUAUGAGGAAAGCCUCUACCGCCGAGACCCUGGUGAGCUGCUGCCAGUCAGUGUAGAGCAGGCAUGGCCAAACUUGGCCCUCCAGCUGUUUUGGGACUACAAUUCCCAUCAUCCCUGACCACUGGUCCUGUUAGCUAGGGAUGAUGGGAGGUGUAGUCCCAAAACAGCUGGAGGGCCAAGUUUGGCCAUGGCUGGUGUAGACAAUGCUGGGAUAGAUGGGCAAAUAGUCUGUUCUGGUCCAGGUCCUUUCUAAUGCAGGCAGAGUACUAGUGUGCCUGCAUGUCCUACAGGUGAGCUGAGCAUCUGUAGACCUUGGGUGGAAUUCAGUGUCACACUAAGACGAUCGUUCCGUCAGUGCAAUAACUUCUGCUUUUGCUGGAUGGAGCAAUCCCCCCCCUCUCCUCCCCUCGCAUCGUGCUCUGGGGUGUUCUCCCAAUCCUCCAGAGCAGAUCUGAUUGAGGAGAGCGGGCAGGAGAGGAUGGGGAAAGUCCCAUUGCACUAGUGGGACUCAUUGUGCUGGCUACCACUAGUGCAACAAUGUAGCUGAAUCAGGCCCCUUGCGGCUGGCAUGGCAGUGUUCUGGCAUGUGUCUAGUUUCAACACCAAGAGUGGCCUCUAUUUGUCGUCUGUUGCACGGGCCCUGCAUGCUGAAAGGUACCAUUUGUUGGAGACCUGAAGGGGGGGGAGAGCUCUCUUGUGCUCGGAUCCUGCUUGCGAGUUUCUCACGGGCAUCUGGUUGGACACGGUGAGAACAGGAAGCAGGACUGGGUGGGCAUUUGGCUGGCUUCAGCAGGGCUUCUUCUUAUGUGCUUGCAUCUCAACCCUUUCAACCCUAGUCCCAAACCAUACAUAAGCUUGUGUCCAGCUCCAGUCCUAGUGAGAGUAAACGCGCUGAAAUUAUUGGGCAUGGCUAACUUGGGCCCAUUAAUUCCAGUGGGUCUUCUCUGAGUAGGACCAGCAUUGGAUAAAGCUCAGGGAGCCCCUGGAAUGGCACAGCUGAAACCACCAGAACCAGUUCUGUGAUACAUGCAGAGCAUAGCUGCCAAGUUUUCCCUUUUCUCACGAGGAAGCCUAUUCAGCAUAAGGGAAUUUCCCUUAAAAAAAGGGAUAACUUGGCAGCUAUGAUGCAGAGUUUCCAGUGUAUGCAAAGGUGGGUUUCUUCUCUAAGGUCCAUCAGAAUCAUUGCAUACCUACGCAAAAGGUGCUAUGUUGGGAGAGACUUUCAGAACUGCAAGUAUUUUUGAAUUAUGUACACAAUGUUUUGCCAGGCUUAGGGCACCGCUGGCCAACCACUGGUGAUUAUGUACCAAGAUGAUGUGAAAUUGCAGUAGCUACUGGUUCUGAUUUUGUCCAUGUGGGAGUAUCCUUUGAAGUUGCCUGCAGUUAAAGGUUUUGGGCUCAGUGGCAGAGCACCUGUCUUUGCAUAGAAAAGGCCCUCAGCAUCUCCGGGUAAGGCUGGCUAUGUCCUCUGCUUGAAACCUCAGAGAGUCCCUGCCGGUCAGUGUAGACAAUACUGAGCUAGAUGGACCUGAUGACUUUCCACCUUCCUAUUUUGAAGGUCUGAUGCGCAUCAGUUGAAGUUAGGGUGGCCAAAAACAGAGAGGAGAGGUUUGCAUGUGUGAAUGUAUGUGGAUUUAGGAAGAGUUCCUAUCACUUAAAUAGGAACACUAUACCACUUGCCAUAGUGGGAAAAACUGUGGCCAGGUGAUCUGGUUGCCUGCCCCGUCUGUUGCCAAGGUGCUCAUGGUUGACAGGCAAUGUCAAGGCCUCUCCUGUUUUGCUUUCUUGGGGUUAUUUUAUCUUCACACCAAACUUGUCCUCUGUACAAAGGAGGAUGCACAGCCUCCCUUGCAGGAGCUAUGAUAAACCAUUCAACUUCAUCAAACAGAGAAUGAGGCCUCCAAAACGGCAUUUUCCAUAAGCCUGGCUUAGGCAUUUAUAAUAAUAAUAAUAAUAAUAAUAAUAAUAAUAAUAAUAAUAAUAAUAAUAAUAAAUUUAUUCUUUAUACCCCGCCCAUCUGGCCGGGUCCCCCCCGCCACUCUGGGCGGCUUCCAACACACAUUAAAAUACAUUAAGAUAUCACAGAUUAAAAGCUUCCUUAAACAGGGCUGCCUUUAGGUAUUUUCUAAAUGUUAGGUAGUUGUUUAUCUCUCUGACCUCUGAUGGGAGGACAUUCCACAGGGCGGGUGUCACUACCGAGAAGGCCCUCUGCCUGGUUCCCUGUAGCUUUGCUUCUUGCAGUGAGGGAACCGCCAGAAGGCCCUCGGCGCUGGAUCUCAAUGUCCGGGCAGAACGAUGGGGGUGGAGACGCUCCUUCAGGUAUACAGGACCGAGGCCGUUUAGGGCUUUAAAGGUCAGCACCAACACUUUGAAUUGUGCUCGGAAGCGUACUGGGAGCCAAUGUAGAUCUCUCAGGAGCAGUGUUAUGUGGUCGCGGCGGCUGCUCCCAGUCACCAGUCUGGCUGCCGCAUUCUGGAUUAAUUGCAGUUGCUGGGAGGAUCCUUACAAGGGACGGUGCUGACCAGAGGCCGAACAAGGAGCCUAUAUCGUGCUCCCCUGGGCCCAGCACUUUUCAAAGUCUUGGUGCACCUUAUGGACACCGAUUCCUGCCUCCAUCUCUUCCCUCCAACCUUUGGCAGGCCGUCCCGGAGAAGCAAGGAGCCAUGUAAAGGUCCCAGGUUCAAUCUCUGGCAAUCUCCGUUUGAAGAGGGUCAGGUAGAAAGUGAUAGGGAAUAUCUUCUUUUCCUGAGACCAUGGGAAGCUGUCUUGAGUCCGAGGCAAUACUAAUUGUCUAGACCAGGUAUCACCAACCUUUUCCGAUCCAGGACCCACUUGUAACCCAAAUGUGCAGUUGGUGGUAGUGCUCCCAUUGUGACCCACAUGGGAUCAGGCUGGCACCCAAUAGUGGGUCCUCACCGACAAGCUGAAGAUAAGUGGCAUAGAUGGACCUAGCUAGAGAGCUUCCUUUCAAUGGCAGAGAGCAGGUACAUGUGCCGGCCACAUCAUGAAUAAUGUAAGGGUAUUGCGCUCAUGCAAAUGGGUGUAAGCUCAUUUUUGCUGGGGGACAGAGAGAGAGAGAGAGGGAGUUGGGCUAAAUCACACAAAUGCCAACAUCUCCUUUGUUACCAUUUGUGUGUAGUGGUGGUCGGGCUUGUCCUGAGGUUUGGAGCUUAACCCCCUACUGCUUGACACCAGAGGCUAUCGCUGGGUUGUCUAGAUAUUUUAUUUUGACACACUUAUCACAUGAACUGGAGAAAUUACACACAUGCACACGUUUGAUCUUCCUGCAGCAUGUGGGCUAGUUUGGGAGGAACGGCAGCUUAUAAAUGCAAUUCAUUGAACCUUCCCACCCCAUUAAAGGGGUACUCACAUGACUGAAUAGCCCAGGCUAUGCUUCUUUCCCCAAAGGCAAUUUUUAGACAAGGAAGCUGUAGUGAAGACUUCGAGCAGAAUCAAAACAUAACACUUUGGUUCAUGGGCUGCUGUCGGGUCCUCUCCCCCUAUUACAUAGCAGAGAGCAGGGAAAGGAAGUGGCAAUCUCCCUGCCCAGCUGCAACAACAAAGGAGUCUCCGCAGACUUGACCGGAGCUGUGUCUGACCUUAAGAAUGACCAAGAGGGUCCCCCCGGUGGGUUCCGGUACAAACAUGGGAUCAGGCUAAUGGCCAACUAGAUCAGCAUCUUUCUGAGGCCAACCAGAUCCCUCUUGGAAGCCCCAGAGAAGGACCUGGGUGCAACAGGGCACUCCCCACUUCCGAGUCUCGGAAGCUGGUAUUCAGAGCCAUGCUGCUUCUAACAGCAGAAGCAGAUCAUAGCCACCCUGACUAGUAGACCUUGAUGGUACCAGCCUGUUCUGAAGCAGCUGUCCUGUCCAACAAAAAUGAUGGAACCAUUUCUGGGAUCCUAACUGGAGGUCCUUGCACGCUGGCCGUUAUAUUUUAUUUAUUUCUUGUCUCACAUGCUGGCAGGAAGUGUGGUCCAAAACGGCUGGAAGGAACCAGGUUGGGGAUGCUGGUCCACACUGGCUGGCAGCAGCAGCUCUCCAAUUCGGAUUGGGCCCGAGAUGCUCUGCAUGCAAGGCAGAUACUCAACCACUGAAUUAUGUCCCUAACCCCAACAAGAAGCUGCCUUAUAAGGAGCCAUGCCAUUGGUCUAUCUAGCUCAGUAUUGCCUACACUGGCUGGCAGUGGCUCUCCAGGGAUUCAGCCAGGGCUCUGUCCCAGCCCUGCCUGGAGACACCUGGGAUUGAACCUGGGGCUUUCCGCAUCCACAGGAGAUGCUCUCCCAUGGGACAAUGACCCUUGUUCCCUUAUGCUGUCCAACCAUUGGCUCAUCAUGCUUAGUACUGUCUGCCCUGACUGGCAGCUGCUCUCCAGGGAUUUAGAGAGGAACCAUUCCCGGCUCUACCUAGAGAUACUGGGGGUUGAUCCUGUAACCCCUUGCAGGAAGAGUAUGCAUUGUACCACUGUGCCUCUGGCUCAGCUUUGGCACAGUAAUACGAAAUUGCCUUUUUACCGAGUCGGACUAUUGGUCCACAGGGCAAAGUAUUUCCUACACUGACUGGUAGUGGCUCUCCGGAGCAUCAGGCAGAAGUCUCUCUUGGUCCUACCUGGAGAUGCCAGGGGUUGAGCCUGCCCGCCCCGCAUGCCCCACUCCCUCUGCCACUGCGUUACUACCCCUUCCGGAGGAGGAGGAGGAGCAUUCAUUGCAGCACAAACAGAGCCAAGACUUGCAACGCCUUAAAGGCGAAUAAAUGUAUUGCUUCAUUGAGCCGGGGCUGCACUGCUUCCAUUCCACUAUCUCUGACAAAGUGUGCUUUAUUCAGCGGCGGAAUUUUGGCUUUCAGAGUUCAGCAGUGGUCUGUUGUGGCGCCCGGUGCAGUGCAGCCAAACUGGUUGUGGUCACCUAAAUCGGCCUCUGGUUUAGUCCACAAAUGCUUCUGUCCCCAUGCACUUACUCUUCCUUGAAAGAGGAGUCGGACUCCCUGGCCUUCCUAGAAGCUGCUUUGCGUCAAGUCCCCUAGCUCUGAAGAAGUGUGCAUGCACACGAAAGCUCAUACCAAUGACAAACUUAGUUGGCCUCUAAGGUGCUACUGGAAAGAAUUUUUUAAAAAAAUUUGUUUCGAAAACCAGAAUGAGUUUGCUCCUCCUAUUGCCGGCUCUGGCGAUAUUUACUGUUGGCCUCCCUGCCCUCUCCUCUAUCAACCCCAUUGGGCACCAGCCUUUGCUUAUUACUUUCUUAGGCGUACUCUUUAAACUUGAUGUAAGAACAGGGCCGUCUCAAGCAUGUCGGACGCCCUGGAGCAGAGAUCGCUCCGGCGCCCCCGCCCUGGUGGGCGCAGCACAGCGCCCCCCUGCCGGCCCAGCGCCCUGGCACCACCCAGCCUACCCCUAGAGCCGGCCCUGUGUAAGAAGCGGAGGUGGCUCGUCUGACUUAGAUGGGCUUUAAAGGGGGUUGGGAGAUGGGGAAUCAUUGCAGGAAGGUCUGUUCAUGACUCUUGAUAACAUAGGGCACUACUUUAUACCAAGUUGGACUCUUAGUCUACCGGACUCAGUAUUGCCUGCACAGGCUGGCAGCAGCUUUCCAGGGCUUCUCUGCCAGCCCUGCCUGGAGAUGCAGGGAAUGGAAGUUCCUGUAUCCCAGGCUCUACCGUUGAGUUAUGCCUUCCCCAGAAAUGCUUUGCCAGCACAGCUAAAUAGAUCUCCUAUGUUCAGUGGGUGUCUAUCGCUUAGUAUACCAGUGGCUGGGGUGGGGGUGG